AACCGUACCAUCACAAUUCGUAUACACAGACGCUGUGCAGUGCUAAAUAGAGCCUUAUAAAGCAAUACUUAUUUUCUUGAUUAUUUUUAUCUACUUCUACGCUAGUCAGAAUAAACAACAAUGGCCAAAAUACCAGAUGAGGAAUUGAAAAAAGCUUUUUCUGAAUUGCACAAUAAAGUUUUAUCAACAAGGCAGCUUUUGAAAGUCGCAGAUAUGCAAAUUGAGAAUAUCAACAGACACAACUUGCGAGUAUCCCUAACUCGAUCAGAAUUGAAGCAAUUACCAGAAAACACAAAAACAUACGAAUCUGUCGGUAGAAUGUUUUUACUUCAAGAUAUGAAUACAAUAAUGGAAGAUCUUGACAAACGAACAAAACUUGCUGAUGGUAAAAUUAAGGCACUCAACAAUCAAAAAACUUAUUUGCAAAAGGAUUUGAAGGAAAGUGAAGACAAUAUAAGAGAAAUGGUACAGAAGAGACAAAAGCAGGAUAGUUAGAUUAAUAAAUGAACAAUGCACCCUUAUAUUGUUGACAUUUUUAAGUGAUCUGUGAUUAUAUUAAGUUGAUGAAAUAUUAUUGAAUGAUGUUUCUCUCGAAUGUAUUGUUAAUAUAAAAAUCAUUUCAAUACGUUAAAAACAAUAUACUUUACAGCUUGACAAAAUU